AUGGCUAUGCUAUUUCGUAACAUUUUCCAUCAUUCGAAAUCUAUCAAUGCAAUAAAUCACCAUCGAAUAACAAAUUUGUUGACUCAAAAAUCUUUAAUCACACAAUUCACAAAAGUAACAGGUUUUCAUACUUCCGUCAAGGGUAAUAAUGCAAGCACGACGACUUUACCACAAAAUUCCUUUGAAUAUCCACCUUCACUGGAACAACAGAAAAAUUUACCAAAUUUACUCCAAAGAAAAAAGAAAAGCUCAAAUCCUCCCAUGAGUUUUCCAUGUAUAGAUCAAUUAACAACUCGUACCAGAUCGUUAGAUGGAGGACCUGAACCGGCUUAUGAAAAGGUUGUUUCCGGAUAUUCCCUCUUUCAUCAUAAUGAACCUUUCUUGUGUGAUUAUGGUGGUGUUUUACCUAAACUUGAUAUCGCAUAUGAAACAUGGGGUGAAUUAAAUGAAAAGAAAGAUAACGCGAUUUUAAUUCAAACUGGAUUAUCCGGAAGCAGUCAUGCUAAAAGUCAUGAAAAAAAUGUUCACCCUGGUUGGUGGGAACAAUUUAUCGGUCCUGGACGUUCGAUCGACACCAAUAAAUUUUUCGUCAUAUGUACAAAUGUGAUUGGUGGAUGUUAUGGAUCAACGGGUCCAUCAUCCAUUGAUCCAUCUGAUGGUGAAAAAUAUGCGACGAGAUUUCCUAUUUUGUCAAUUUUUGAUAUGGUUCGAUCUCAAUUUUUAUUAUUAGAUCAUUUAGGUAUCGAUAAAUUACAUGCAAGUGUUGGUGCAAGCAUGGGAGGAAUGCAAUCUUUGGCUUCCGCUAGGUUAUACCCCGAUCGUGUAUCACGUUUGAUCUGCAUUUCUUCAUGUGCUCGAUCACAUCCAUAUUCUAUCGCUUUAAGGCAUACACAACGACAAGUUUUAAUGGCGGAUCCAAAUUGGAAUAAAGGUUUCUAUUAUAAUUCAAUACCACCACACAUUGGAAUGAAAUUGGCACGUGAGAUCGCCACCAUCAGCUAUCGAUCUGGACCGGAAUGGGAACAACGAUUUGGAAGAAAGCGACAACGAGAAGAACAAACUCCAGCUUUAUGUCCUGAUUUCCUUAUAGAAACUUAUUUAGAUCAUCAAGGGGAAAGAUUUUGUUUACAAUAUGAUCCAAAUUCAUUACUUUAUAUUUCAAAAGCAAUGGAUUUAUUCGACAUGUCAGCUUCUGUAUUAGAAAAGUUCAAAAACCUUCGUUCGGAAAAUUCAAAAAAAUUAUUACAUCAACAAGAGUACAUUACAGAAUCACAUAAUGACACAUGUUACAUAACGGCCAAUAUGUCAACACAACAAUAUCACACAUCUACGAAAUCGAAAAUCGAAGAAAAAAAACAUAUUUCAUCAAUGGCUUCAGUGAUCAAUAGUGAUGAUUUGGAAGAUUUGGUACAGGGUUUAUCGGCGAUACAACAGCCUUCAUUAAUAUUAGGUGUACAAUCCGAUAUCUUGUUCCCUAGUUGGCAACAAAAGGAAAUUGCUGAAUGUUUGAGAAUGGGUGGAAAUGGUGACGUCACUUAUUAUGAAUUGGAUUCAAUGUAUGGUCAUGAUACUUUUCUGAUUGACUUAACUAACGUUGGUAGUGCUGUUAAAGGACACUUGGAGCUGGGUGGUUAA